AUGACUUCGACCAACCCACAAUCGACGCUGAGUCCAGACGACGAGCAUUGGACACGAUAUCUCUCCGAAAUCAUCGAUACCAGUGACGCUCAUAUCGCCUCCGUCAACUCCGCAAUUCACUCUAACCCUGAGCUCGCCUUCGAAGAGCGCGAGGCCCACAAAACCCUUGUAUCCGCCCUCCAGAAACUAGGCUUCCCCGUAAUACCCCACGCCUAUGGUGUCGAAACAUCCUUUUCAUCCGAGGUCGGCAGAGGCGGCCGCCUGAUCAUUUUCAAUGCCGAGUACGACGCCCUCCCCGGUAUCGGCCAUGCCUGCGGACACAACCUCAUCGCGAGCUCCAGCUUCGCCGCCUUCCUUGCCGUGGCUGCCGCUCUCAAAGAAUCGAAACUUCCGGGCCGUGUCCGACUUCUCGGGACACCAGCUGAGGAGGGCGGUGGUGGGAAGUUGAAGCUGAUCGAGGCGGGUGCUUAUCGCGGGGCGGCCGCGAGUUUGAUGCUCCAUCCGGGAGCCGGCUAUCUUUUGAAACCACCGAUUCGAGGCGUUGCGUAUUACAGGAUGUUGGCGAAUAUCAAGAUGAGGGUUUACUUUACGGGGAGAGAGGCGCACGCUGCCAUUGACCCUUGGAAUGGAGUGAACGCUCUGGACGCGGUUUGUCUGUCUUACAAUGCGGUUUCGAUGUUGAGGCAGCAGAUUCGGCCUCACGAGCGCAUCCACUGCGUGUUUCCUCGGGCUGGGGAUAGGCCGAACGUUGUACCCGCCGAUUGCUGCGUCGAAUACUAUGUACGCAGCGAUACGAAGGCAAAUGCCGAGGCUCUAUGGCAACGAGUGUUGAAGUGCUUCGAAGGAGCAGCCCUGGCGACGGGAUGUGGCAUGCGAGUCGAGCCGAUCAACAGCUACGCCGAUCUGCGACCCAGCGUUUCGCUGUGUCAGGAGUAUAUGGAGGCGAUGCCAAAGGGAACUGUGUCCUACAACGACCCGCCGGAUUUCCUCGCGGGGAGCACGGAUAUGGGCAACGUAACAUACGAAUGCCCCGGCUUCCACGGCGCUUUUGGCAUCGAUACGAAUCCGGGACAAGGGAAUCAUACGAAAGGGUUUUCUGCUGCUGCUGGGACGCGGGAUUCGUAUCGCCGGGCGAUGGAAGCUGCCAAGGGUAUGGCGGCUGUUGGGUGGAAGGUUUUGACGGAUGAUGUGUUUGCUGAGGUGGUAGAGUAUGAAUGGAAGCAGGAUAUGAAAAAGGCGGCUGGGGUGAGUUGA